AUGAAGUUCUGGAAGAUCUUGAAGAGACAGAUUGAACAGACCCUCCCCGAGUGGCGCGACAAGUUUUUGUCCUACAAAAACUUGAAGAAACAGUUGAAGAUUAUGUGUCCUAAAGAUGCUCGCACCCCUCCGAAAUUGGAUGCUUGCCAGGUCCACCACUUCCUUUGUCUAUUAGAAGUUGAGAUUGAUAAGUUCAACACUUUCUUUGUUAACAUGGAAGAAGAAUACAUCAUCAAAUGGAAGUUGUUGCAAGACAGAGUUGAUAGAGCCAUGGAUUAUUCAGAUGCGGAGUUGAUGUCAUUAGGGAGGGAAAUAGUGGAUUUUCAUGGAGAGAUGAUUUUGCUAGAGAACUAUAGUGCACUUAAUUACACAGGUCUAGUGAAGAUAAUAAAGAAACACGAUAAACGAACCGGCGCUCUCCUUCGCCUGCCUUUUAUUCAAGAGGUGUUAAACCAGCCCUUUUUCGAAACUGACGUGCUCAAUAGUCUUGUGAAGGAGUGUGAGAUGAUAUUAAACAUUCUUUUCGCCAAUAACGAUGAGCCGACUUUUCCAUGUUCAUCAACUAGUGAGGAAACUGAGGAAGGUGAAGACGAAGACGGAUGUGGCUCGAAUGUGACUGAGGAUGAAAAUAAAGAGAAACUUAUGCAGGCUCCUAACGAGCUCGCUGAAAUUGAAAAUAUGGAGAAUUUGUUCAUCAAACUAACUUUAUCAGCGUUGCGUACCUUAGAAGAAAUUCGGGGUAGAAGCUCAAUGCUCAUGUAUGCGGAGUUUUUACAGAAGCAAGAAAUAGAAACUAAAAGAUCAGGUAAAGUUUGUGGAAACAAAAGGAAAAGGUAG